GUCGAAGUGAGUCUUCUUACCAAGACACAAACUAUCUCUGCUGCGAGCUGUAAACAGGAACACAAGUUGCUCAGGAACGUCGUUUUAAACAGGCUGUCGGAGCCGUUUAUCGACAGUAACACAACUCACUGUUCAAGGAAGAUGGAAGACGAUACACUAACGACGCUGAAAAUACUGAUAAUAGGAGAAAGUGGCGUGGGAAAGUCCAGCCUCCUCUUGAGAUUCACAGAUGACACAUUUGACCCAGAGCAAGCAGCAACGAUAGGCGUUGACUUCAAAGUGAAGACCAUCACUGUGGACGGAAACAGGGCAAAGCUGGCAAUAUGGGACACUGCAGGACAGGAGCGCUUCCGAACCCUGACGCCUAGUUACUACCGCGGUGCCCAGGGAGUCAUCCUGGUGUAUGACGUCACACGUCAGGAUACCUUCACCAAGCUCGACACCUGGCUCAACGAGCUCGAGACGUACUGCACACGGAACGACCUCGUCAAAAUGCUUGUGGGAAAUAAAAUUGAUAAGGAAAACCACGAGCUAGACAGGGCCGAAGGGCUGAAGUUUGCAAGAAAACAUUCCACGCUUUUUAUAGAGGCGAGUGCAAAGACCAGGGACGGUGUUCAGUGUGCGUUCGAGGAGCUGGUGGAGAAGAUCAUCCAGACUCCCGGUUUAUGGCAGACCGAGACCCACGGCCGAGGGGUCCAGCUCACCGACGAGGACGCGGGAGCCGGAAGCUGCAGUGGCUACUGCUCCCUGGUCUAGACAACACAUGCUAAUACGUUCUCUCUCUCUCUCUCACACACACACACACACACACACACACACACACACAC